UCAGCCCACAAACAAUCCGAAGACGCUUGGCUGCUUUUGGUACACGCUGUCGUCGACAUUACCAAGGUCAGAUCGUACAGCAUUGUACUUGCCAGACAGCGAUGGGCUGCUAAUGAGGGUUACCUGGGUAAAACUCCAUGGCGUGAUGUCAUCUUCUCCAAUGAAUCCUGAUUCAACCUCAGUUUUCCUGAUUGACGUCACCGCAUUUACCCACGUAGAGGUGAAUGUUUUGCCCGUAACUAUCUAUAUUUGGUCACAGUUGGUGUUGGUUCAAGGCUCAGCGUUAUGUUCAUUGUUCAUGGCGUCCGUGGACAGCUGGUCUCGUGGUUCUGGUAGCCGUUUACCUCGAAGAUGGAAGCCGUUCACCGUGAUAUCCUGAGGAAGAAUCACUCAGGCCUAGUGCAAGCAAUACCGCGUGUAGAAGACGUGGUCGACAAACUGAUGCAGUUUAAAGUCCUAACGUCUUUAAUGGAGGCUGACAUUAUCGAAAAACCACAAACCUCCUUUGACCGGGUCAGAGCUUUAUUAGAUACCCUUCCCAGGCGAGGACCUCAAGCUUACUCCCUCUUCUGUAAAGCUUUGGAGGAAUGUGGAGAGAUACAAGCUAUGACAUUGUUGGGACUAGAGACAGAGCUACAGGACCCCCAUUGUCAUACAGACUUAGGCAAUGACGUAUUUGUGACGGCCAAGAUGUGGAAUGGAGAACUAGGAAUUCAUGUAAGGAAGGAUGAUGUGUAUGCCAGUGGGAGAAGUUAUCCUACCACACGCGGUAUUGUCCUGAGUUUGAAACACUGGCUGGAACUUUGUGGAGUCCAUUUCAUGCUUCAGGAGGCCAUCCAUCAAGGAAGGACCCAUGAUUAUGCUCAUGUGGGUGCCAAUAUGUAUGCUACUUUGGAUCCAAAUGGUAGCGUGGAUCUACGACAGUCGGAGAAAAAUGAACAACUGGGAAGAGUGGUACCUACGGCUAAGGGUAUCUUGUUGUCCAACAAUGGCAGAAACUGA